AUGCCACCAACACUCACUUCGCCGUUCUUUCGUCCAAAUGGUCAAACAGCAAAAAGGCCUUCUCCAUUAUCUACGGUUCCGAAUAAGCCGGCACCAAAACGGAAUGGAAGUAUACUGAACUUUUUUAAGAAAUCCGACACUCCCCCUAAAUCUACGCAGCCACGAAUUACAGAAUUUGGGGUUAGAAGCAGAGGGAAUGGGCGGGGCCAUCCACGGCCAGGCUUAACUGAUGACAGUUCAGGUGGGCUAUUUUUCGAGGAUGAAACCCCCAGUAACUCGAAUGCGGAACCUCAGACGAACGGUAUAUCCUGCUCUGAUGAAAAGCACGAGGCAGCAGAUACUCCUUGGCACUCACUAUCCAACUCCGCCGGAAACAACUAUCAAGAAGAUGAUAGGUAUAAUGAGAGUCCUGCAUCAGUGAAGAGACGUAGGACUAGCGAUGGAGCCAGCGCGGUAGAGCUUAACGCCUCUGAAUGUGCUGUCUCUGUUACUAUUCUAGAUGAUGCGGGCGAGCCAGUUUCAGGUCGGGCAGCACAGCGGCUAGAGUGCCAGAACUCGUCGCCUACUCCAGCAACCACCCGUCAUGGUCCCUUUGUGGACGAUUCCGAUAGCGAUGAUGAUAUAAACCCUUUAGGUGUUGAUACAGGAGACUCAAAAACUGGCACAGAUCUUGAAAUUCGGCAUCCCGCCACACUGUCAAUCAUUCGGCCUUCAGUUGUGGGGUUGCCAGGCGACAAAGAAUUCGAUGGCUCUGGCUGUCUGCAAGCCAAUGGGGCAGAGAAAAAAAUUGAUCCGGGCUGCGUUGCUUCAAAUGAACAGGAAUCAAGCCUCGUACAGAACGAAGACUUGGGCGACUUAGUUGAGAUUCUCUCUGAUGACGAGGUGACGGUCUGCCCAGUAUGCCAAACUACUCUUAGUGGCUUGUCGGAUUCUGAAGCAUCGCUGCAUGUAAAUGACUGUCUGGACGGCAAUAACGGCAACUCUGCGACGACCGCCACAAUAACAAAGGAUACCCAACCCAUGCAGCAUCCUCCAAGUGUUUUGAAUAGCAUGAAAAAGAAAGAAAUCCCUCGACCCGGACAGAAGGAUCCCUUCUCGUUUUCUUCAGCCUCACUAUCCGCGUCUGCCUUCACGAAAAUUAUGUCAGCAAACGAAGAGGGCACUGCGUGGAGUGUGGCAGCCUCUCGUGAAGAAGCAUCUCGGGGAAAGCAGGCAUACGAGCGGACAUGUCCAUUUUACAAAAUUCUACCGGGAUUUUCCGUAACUGUAGAUGCUUUUAGGUAUGGUGCCAUCGAGGGGUGCAGUGCAUACUUUCUGAGUCACUAUCACAGUGACCACUACGGUGGACUUACAUCGUCCUGGUCUCAUGGACCCAUUUAUUGCAGUAGCGUCACUGCAAACCUGGUCAAACAACAGAUAAAUGUAAAAGCAGAUAUGGUUGUUGAGCUUGAAUUCGAGCAAAAAACCGAGAUACCCGGCACUGAUGGAGCGAGUGUGACCAUGAUUACCGCAAACCAUUGCCCCGGCAGCUCUCUUUUCCUCUUUGAGAAGCCCAAUGGCAAAGGGAACAAUGCAAGGGUACAUCGGAUCCUUCACUGUGGUGAUUUCAGAGCAUCUUCGUCCCACAUAAACCAUCCUCUUCUCCGGCCAAAUAUCAUGGAUCCGCUUACUGGCCAGUUAACCCAGCAGAAGAUUGACGUCUGCUACUUAGAUACGACUUAUCUAAACCCUAAAUACGCGUUCCCGUUCCAGCAGGAUGUUAUCAACGCAUGCGCACAAAUGUGUGCAGGGGUAAACGAAGGUUAUUUUACCACGUUGGAUGCAGGGAAGGGACAAACGAAAAAGUCAGGGUUCAUGACUCCAUUUCUGCCGAAUAGCCAGAGCUCGGACCGAACCUCCGCGUCAGACCAACACAAUCGCGGCAAACUGCUUGUUGUCAUUGGAACAUACAGCAUCGGUAAAGAACGAAUGUGUCUAGGCGUUGCUCGCGCCCUGAAUUCCAAGAUUUAUGUUUCGCCAAACAAGAGACGGAUAUGCGAGUGCUUGGAGGAUGAUAAACUCUCCAGCAUCCUUACAUCCGACCCCUUGGAUGCCCAAGUCCAUAUGCACAGCCUAAUGGACAUGCGCUCAGAGACUCUGUCUGAGUAUUUAAAAUCCUUCAGCUCACGUUUUUCCAGGAUCAUCGGCAUCAGACCCACAGGCUGGAGUUACCGUCCACGUGGCGGAACACGGACUGACAGUCCUCCCGUCUCUGCGGUUCUAUAUUCGGAAGCAUGGAAACCUCGCUUUUCUGUUAACGACCUUGUACCACAGCGUGGUAGCACGAAUGAGGUCGCAUGCUUUAGUGUUCCAUAUAGCGAACAUAGUUCGUUUCGCGAGCUGACGAUGUUCUGCUGUGCAUUACGAAUAUCGCGUAUCAUUCCCACGGUAAAUGUUGGUAGCGUGAAGAGCCGUGAGAAGAUGAAAUAUUGGAUAGACAAGUGGGAAGCAGAAAAGAGGAAAAACGGACUGUAUAAAGUCGAGGCCGAACAUGAUAGCAUGUGGUAG